GCUUCCGGUUCAUUGUUUGACGCUGUAUCCGGACGCUAAGCUAAUGUUUCUUGAUUAAAGAAAGUCUACCAGAACUGCUGAUAGCUUUAAAAUAGUUUGAAUGUAAUCGGUCAAUUAGAGAAAGCGUAACUCGGUGCUGGUGUUGGAGCUUUAUUUGUACUCGCUGUGUUUACCCAGCCAGCUGUUUAUCCACAUGUGGUCGGGUCGUUUCAUUGUUAGCCUAGCAUUAGCCAUGCUCUCAGGCUGAGCGCUCACUCGUCUGCGGGGUUGCGGCAGGGACCAGAGCUGCUAGCUAGCUAGGUGGCUAGCUAGCUAAGCUGUUUGAAGUAUUAACAUAUUUCUUUCAUCUAAUUUUUUUUUUGUGUGUUUAUAUAUCUUUUGGCUGUUCGUCGCAUUACGUGCACCAGCUGCUCUUAAACACGAAGCGUCAAGUGGCUAAAGUUAGCAGCCGGCUACGUCACGUCAGGUGUUGACAUUAAAAUAGGUGUUGACGUGAAGUUGUCUGAGCAGGUGAUUUUACCUCCUGCGGUGUCCUGCCGUCGUUUUCACAACCCAGUGGACUCCAGGACCCUUUUUUUUUUUUUUAAUUAUCUUGGGUUGUGAUAACUUUUGUCUUCCGCGAUGGCUUCUUCGUCUGGAAACGACGACGACCUGACGAUCCCGAGAGCAGCGAUCAACAAGAUGAUUAAAGAAACUCUGCCCAACGUGAGGGUGGCCAACGACGCCAGAGAGCUGGUGGUGAACUGCUGCACAGAGUUCAUUCACCUCAUCUCCUCUGAAGCCAACGAGAUAUGCAACAAGUCUGACAAGAAGACCAUCUCUCCAGAACAUGUCAUCAAUGCCCUGGAGAGUCUUGGUUUCGCGUCAUACAUCACAGAGGUGAAAGACGUCCUGCAGGAGUGUAAAACUGUCGCCCUGAAGAGGAGGAAGGCAAGCUCCCGGCUGGAGAACCUCGGCAUCCCUGAGGAAGAACUGCUCAGGCAACAACAGGAAUUGUUUGCUAAGGCGCGGCAGCAGCAGGCGGAGCUCGCCCAGCAGGAGUGGUUACAGAUGCAGCAGGCCGCCCAACAGGCGCAGAUGGCGGCAUCAUCUGCCAGCGCCUCCCAGCAGGCCGGCUCCUCUCAGGACGAAGACGAAGAGGAUGACAUGUGAUUCCCAGGCGACAUGUUUCAACUUGUCCUGAUCCCUCGCUGGGACGGUGUUGGCACACAGAUCUCCUCGUACUGUCACCGGCAGAGACAUGAGACGUGUUAGACUGCUUAGUGUAACAUUGAUAAUACACAUUGGAAUGGACAGUGAAGAGAAGGAUGAAAAGGGGAUUGCCACACGUUCUGAUACCAGAACCUGAAAAUGAUUUGAAUUGAGAGGCUGUUGAUGAAGUUGUUUGAUUUAUCUCUUCUUCCCCCAUUUUUUGUUCAGUUGCUUCUGUUUCUGUCUUGGCAUGUUUUGAGUAAUUUUGUAGAUUUCUGGAUGUGUUGUGGAUGCACUGAAGGCAGACGUUGCCUGGGAUCCGUCAGUGGAUAUUGGUGGUAAAGCAGCAAAGUGUUUGCUUCUUCAGGUACUGCACCAGAUAGCUUACCUUCAUCCGUUAUUCCCAAUCACUUUAAGAGAACUGCUUUAGAAAGUUUCAAAGCAGACGAUUUCUCCUUUCUUGUGGUCUCACAGGAUCGUUGUAUUGGAAUGUUUUUCGUUGGGUAGAGGAAUAAGCGGACCAUUUUGUUUAAAUUUAACACAUUCAGACACUUUUUGCUGCGUUUUCUUUCUACCUUGAACCACACACAGUAUUGCUAAUUAGCCACACCUUUCAGAAACGGAAUAUUUUUGUCUCCUAGAACCAAAGACGGACUAACAGCCCUGACAGAUUUGAGUGUUUUUAAAAGGUGUAGGUGCUACUGUGAUUGUCCUCACUGACUCCGGGUCAGUGUAAACAACGUUACAGAUUAUUAACCUACCACUUUGUAAGAUGCUUUGAUAUCCAGGCUGAAUUUGGUAUUUCCCCCUCUCCCUUGGGUGCAGUAUCGAACAUUUGCAUUGUAACUGUGGUCAAUCCUCAGUGUAAUGACAAGUAAACUUUUUGUGACAAACAUUCACUUGGCUAUGCUAUGGAAGUUGUAUUCUUUAAGCAAUAAAGGAAUCAUGUUUUAUAGACAA